AAUAGUGUUAUCAGCUGUUCUUUGAGCAAAAGGAUGCCAGCUGAUGUUAAAUAAAAAAGGUAUCACCAGGAGUAAAAUAUAACUAUAGCAUUUAUAUAAAAGUUUUUACUAUACCACUAGUAACAAACAAAUAAAUUGUUAGAGAAAAGCAAAAGAAGGUAGCAGAAUUUAAAGAAUGUAGUUAUAAUUCAACAAAUGAUGAAAAAAGCGACUCCUUUAGUUACCAUUGUAAACGCUGGUCAUCAUGGUUACGAAUCGGGAUUAAAACUGCAAAAACAACUAAGUAAUCAGAAAGCUGAAGAUUGGACCAAUUUCCGUAAUUAUCUAAUUUUGCAGCAACAUGAUCCAGUGUAUACUAUAGGUAUACGAACGAAGAAUUAUUCAGACGCAGAUGAACAACGUUUACGUAAAUUGGGGGCAGAGUUUUUUCGUACAAAUCGUGGCGGAUUGAUAACUUUUCAUGGACCAGGUCAAUUAGUAGCAUAUCCCAUAUUACAUUUGCAUCAAUUUCAGCCGAAAAUGAGAUGGUAUGUUGCUACAUUGGAGAAGACUGUUAUUGAAACCUGUCGCAAAAUGGGCAUUCCACAAGCUACUACUACAUCAGAUACUGGCAUAUGGGUAGGAAAUAACAAGAUUUGUGCAAUUGGUGUACAUGGCUCUAGAUAUGUUACAACACACGGUAUAGGUCUUAAUUGCUGUACCGAUUUACGUUGGUUCGAACACAUUGUACCAUGUGGUAUUGAAGGAAAGGGUGUUACCACAUUGAGUAAUGAGCUACAACGAAAUGUAUGUGUAGAAGAAGCAGCGAAAGUCUUUGUACGAUGUUUUGCAGAGCAUUUUAAAUGCCAAAUACAAGAAAAUGUACAAUGAUUUUACUUUAUAUUCGUAGCUUAGGAAAUAAUAUUGUAUCAUUGUAACAUAAUCUGUGUCUUAUCGAUAUAAACGAAGUAAACAUUUUACACAUUGCUGGUAAGAAAAUUUA